AUGACGGGCAAAGCAGAACACGGAUCCCUAGACUCGGACUCGCCUGCUGGAAGCAUCAAAGCAGGAUCCGGACUACAGCAGCACCUCGACUCCUCUCGUGCCUCCAAGACAGACCUCCACGAAUCCCCCUCCAAGACAGAACUUCACUCUUCCAAGAUGGACUCACUCCAAGACCUCGACUCCAAAACCGACGUCGGCUCCUCCAAGGCCGAGCUAGAGAUCAUCGAGAAGGGGUUGAAGGGAGCAGAGUCGGACUCUGUCGUUGACGAGGCCCAGGCGGCCACUCGGCUACCAGAGGGGGGAAGCAUAGAGAAAGAGAUAGAGAUAGAUAGCAGGAGGUUGUGGAGGAAGGUGGAUUUGAAGUUGUUGCCGAUUUUGACCGUGAUGUAUUUGUUUUCGUUUAUGGAUCGAGCUAACAUCGGUGCGUUUGACAUCAUCGCACAGGUCGCUAUCGCUGACGAAGGACUGGAGGAAGAACUCAAUAUGACGGGGAGCCAGUAUAACCUUGCACUCCCUUAUUGUUUAUUCGAAGUCCCUUCAAAUUUGCUCUUGAAAAAGUUUCGACCUUCGCGAUGGCUCCCAUUCCUCACUGUGUUUUGGGGGCUUGUUGUUCUCGUGACGGGAUUUGUCAAGAAUUUCCCUCAACUACUGGCUCUACGAAUUGUUCUGGGAGCAGCUGAAGCUGGGUUUUACCCCGGUGUUGUUUACUACCUUUCCCUAUGGUACCCCCGAAACAUGUACCAAACGCGCAUGGCCUACUUCUUCGGCGCAGCUUCGAUGGCGGGGGCCUUCUCCGGUCUUUUGGCGUACGCUAUCGGGUUUAUGGAUGGGUUGAGUGGUAUGAGAGGGUGGUCGUGGAUUUUCGAGGGAUGA